AUGGCGAGCGCGUCUCCCGGUGAUGGUGUAGAUAGUGAGUUGACCUGCUCUAUCUGCCUGGGCACGUUUGAUCGCCCCUCUACGCUGAGCUGCGGACACUCGUUCUGCCUCCAGUGCCUGGAAGCCACCUGGAAGCUGGCCGUCUCCUACUCCUGCCCGCAGUGUCGAGUGACCUUUCCUCAACGACCCCAGCUGACUAGGAACGUGACGCUCGCCAACCUCAUAGAUCAGCUGCGAGUGACCGAGACCAUGGCUGCUGCUGCUGUUAUUUUCUGUGACCACUGCCCAGAAGGCAAGACUCCUGCAGUGAAGACCUGCCUCAAGUGUGAGACGUCUUUCUGCACGGAGCACCUCGCGCCUCACCUCGAAAGGGAGAAGUUUAAGGAGCACGUCCUCGUUCCGCCAGAUGUGAACCCCGAACGCAAGUGCAAGAGGCACAACAAAGAGCUCGGGUUCUACUGCAAGCAGGACGCGAGUUUGGUUUGCAGGGACUGCACCAUCGCCGAACACAAAGUGCACAAUGUCAGCACGCUGGAGCAAGAGCACGAGACGCAGAAGGAUCAAGUCGGAGAGGAGACGCGAGCGGUGGAGGAGAAGAGGAGGGAGGCGGAGGCGUCUGUUGGACGCAUGGAGGCCACUCGCGAGGACGUGCAGGGAUCAAUGACUGGUGUGAAGGAGCAAAUCAAAAUCAGGUGCACCCGCCUGAGAAAGGCACUGGAUGAAGACGAGAAGGCGGCUUUACAUCGCGCGGAACUGAAGGAGAAGGAGCUGCUGUCCCAGAUCGACAAGAACAUCGCCCAUCACAAGCACGAGAUCAGCGAGCUACAGGCAGCAGCCGCGCGCCUGCGCACUCUUCAGGAGGAGGGGGACCCGCUCACGUUCCUGCAGGUAGAGCGCUCGCGAAGCCAGGGCGAGUGCCCCAGUUUGGCAGAGCCCUCAGAAGUGCAAUAA